AACUAUGAGAUCAAUGUCCCAACUCGGGUAUUACCAGAAAAGGAGGGCUUUCGAAGUUGCACAGUGAAGCUCCUCGAGCACACCUUUGUCAACAGCUACGGCCAUCCCUACAUCGGAAAGUACUCGCCCAGCCUACUCGACGAUCCUGUGUGCAAGGAUCCUACAGAGUGGCAAUUCAUCGAGCUUACCGUCGAAGGCAGCGUAAGCGGCCGACAAUUCGAUCGUCUUGGCUCCAUCCAGCUCGACGGCAUCGAGGUGCUCCGUACGGACAAUCCAGAGCCAAGCACGAACAUCACCCAGUGGAAGUUUUCCAAGGAGAUGAACCGCUAUUAUGACGUGUUCCGCAAGGACCGCAACUUGGUCUUUGACUUCCCAAACAUCGUCAACGAUGUCUACACCGGAUCUCUGGCAAUGACGGUCUCUUUUACUGCUUACGUCGCCGAUAUCCCUUCGCCCCGCCGGAAGCUUUCCGAGGCCAGCGCGAUCGUGCUGCCCCUGUCGAAGCAGAACCAGACUGACAACUCCUUCUUCGCUCUGGGGGGCGACGGCACGACACCGGCCGACGAUGGUAUCACCAAGCUUCGCUUUCCUCCAAAUGCGAGAAGCGCACUGGUCGAGAUCUAUGCGAGUGGAACAGCGACCGACGAAUUCUGGUAUAGCAACAUACCCGACAAGAUCUACAAUCAGGUUGGCGGCGACGCGGCAUCUCUGUUCUACCCACGCGGGCCCUACAGAGAGAUUCAAGUCCUGAUAGACGGUCGCCUCGCAGGAUUCGCUAUGCCAUUUCCAGUCGUCUUCACCGGUGGCAUCAACCCUCUGCUCUGGCGUCCCUCGGUGGCAUUCGGUGCAUUUGAUCAGCCCACCUACCUCGUCGAUAUCACGCCUUUCCUCGGCCAACUCACCGACGAUGCCGAGCACGAGAUUCAGCUCAAGGUUGUCAGCGCAGAAGAGAGCCAAGAAAUUGAUGCCUCCUGGUUUGUCAGCGGAAAUGUUCAAGUCUUUCUCGACAAGUCCGACACGCGAACGACAGGACGCAUCACGUCCUACAAUGCGCCCACGGCCGGCAACUUCUCGACCGCAGGUUACGUCAAAGGUAACGUGUCUGAAGAUGGCACACUCCGGGCAGAAGUCCGACUAGAUUCGCCUCGGCGACUCUCGAUCGAAGCGGAGCUCAAGACGGGAAGCUCAGAGGAGGACAUCGCCGUUAGCUGGUCCCAAAGCGCCGACUUCUACAGCAUCACAACGCAGCAAGGACCUUCCUCGACGACAGAUCAAGAGGCAAAGGGA